CUAUUUCUGGCAUUUUUUCUCUUUCUCUGCUGAUUAUGCAGCAGCAUCUCGCAGAGGCUGUCGCGGGCGCAUUCUCUCACUGCCUGGGUUUCUAUGGAAUGAGACUCGGGCUCCUUUUCACAAGACGCUGGUGCACUGCAGGUGUGUCUCCAAAGAAGUUUGAUGGUGAGAGUACCUACGUGGGGAUGAGUGACGGAAACCCAGAACUCCUAUCAACCAGCCAGACCUAUAACAGCCAGAGCGAGAGCAAUGAAGACUAUGAGAUCCCUCCAAUAACGCCUCCCAACCUCCCUGAGCCAUCCCUCCUGCACCUGGGGGACCACGAAGCCAGCUACCACUCGCUGUGCCACGGCCUCGCACCCAACGGUCUGCUCCCUGCCUACUCGUACCAGGCCAUGGACCUCCCGGCCAUCAUGGUAUCCAACAUGCUUGCCCAGGACGGCCACCUGCUGUCGGGUCAGCUGCCCACAAUCCAGGAGAUGGUCCACUCAGAGGUGGCUGCCUACGACUCAGGCCGGCCAGGGCCCCUGCUGGGCCGCCCAGCGAUGUUAGCCAGCCACAUGACUGCCCUCAGCCAGUCCCAACUCAUCUCCCAGAUGGGCAUCCGGAGCAGCAUCGCCCACAGCUCCCCAUCACCCCCAGGGAGCAAGUCAGCAACUCCCUCUCCGUCUAGUUCCACACAGGAGGAGGAGUCAGAUGCUCAUUUCAAGAUCUCUGGAGAAAAGAGACCCUCAACAGACCCAGGAAAAAAGGCCAAGAACCCAAAGAAGAAGAAGAAGAAGGACCCCAAUGAGCCUCAGAAGCCCGUGUCAGCCUACGCUCUCUUCUUCAGAGAUACUCAGGCUGCCAUCAAGGGCCAGAAUCCCAGUGCCACCUUCGGGGACGUGUCCAAAAUCGUGGCUUCCAUGUGGGACAGCCUAGGAGAGGAGCAGAAGCAGGCCUAUAAAAGGAAGACCGAAGCGGCCAAGAAGGAGUACCUGAAAGCCUUGGCAGCCUACAGAGCUAGCCUCGUCUCUAAGAGCCCCCCGGACCAAGGUGAGGCCAAGAGUGCUCAGGUGAACCCACCAGCCAAAAUGCUUCCACCCAAGCAGCCCAUGUAUGCCAUGCCCGGCCUGGCUUCCUUCCUGACGCCCUCCGACCUGCAGGCCUUCCGCAGCGGGGCCUCUCCUGCCAGCCUCGCCAGGACACUGGGCUCCAAAGCACUGCUGCCAGGCCUCAGCACGUCCCCACCACCACCUUCCUUCCCGCUCAGCCCCUCACUGCACCAGCAGCUGCCACUGCCCCCCCACGCGCAGGGCGCCCUCCUCAGCCCACCCCUCAGCAUGUCGCCAGCCCCCCAGCCUCCUGUCCUGGCUGCCCCCAUGGCACUCCAGGUGCAGCUGGCGAUGAGCCCCUCACCUCCAGGGCCACAGGAUUUCCCACACAUCUCUGAUUUCUCCAGUGGCUCCAGCUCCCGCUCACCUGGCCCAUCCAACACUCCCAGCAGUGGGGACUGGGACGGGAGUUUCCCCAGUGGGGAGCGAGGCAUAAGCACCUGCAGCCUGCUCCCCAGGGAUAAAUCGCUCUACCUCACCUAAUCCCACCACCUGUCCCUCCCUGAGGCUCUCCGGAGGGCACUGCUCGGAGCCCGAAGGGCUGACCACAGGAGAGAGGCCAUGGCAGCAGGCAGGGUGACCGACCAGCAAGAGCAGUGACACACCAGUGCCCCAGGGCUGAGUCUCUCCCUCGACCUUCUACCAGACUCUGCAGAGGCAGCCCACCACCCGCCGCCAGCCCAAAGAACCUGCAGGAAACUUCCGCCCGCUGACCUGCUUGCUCCAGGGUAGCUGUGGACCCCGCUCCUUGCCCUGCACACAGUCCCCUACUUCUGGACAUCUGGCCCUAGCCCAAGCUCAUGGUGGGGUUGCUUAGCAACAGACACCCACCCCAUGCUGGGCCAACCACAAGUGUGCAAAUAUGGUUUCUCAGUGUGUACAAAAGAUGCUGAAAUCCGCACGCUGUGGGCUUGGUGUGAAUAGUUCACUGUUUUAGAACCGUGCUGAAGACAUCUGUAAGAGUAUUUUGUGGGGAGAAAGAAAGUAGUUUCCUUUAAGGUAAGAAGCAUUUUAUAUGACCUUUACCCCGUGGGUUUUUUUUAAAGUUUUAUCUUAAGGGAGAUGUAUGCAUAAGCAGUUCUCAAGCUGAUUCUGAUCCACACAGUCAGAAGGGGACACUUGGAAGCCACACCCGGGAACACUUUUCUUUGUUUUUUGAUGUUUUUUUUUUUUUUAAACCAUAUGUCCACCUAUUUAAAAUUGCCAAGGGUGAUUUUUGUCAUCUAUUUAUGGAGAAAAGUUUAAAACAAAGUUGCGGUUUAUCCUAACGUGUGCGGUUUGGGGUUUGGGUUUGAUUUGGGCUUUGGUUCUUGUCGUUGUUUGCAGCUGUUUCCUGGCCCUAGCAAUGUCUGUCCUGGUGCCCAGUGCUUCUCUCAGACCUCUUUAUAAUAAAACUUCUAAAAAGUG